AUGCCGCCGUUCAAAGAUGAGCAUGUGUUGAUCAUCGCGCCAGGCUCGCAGGUGACCCUGGCGCAACUAGGCUUGCCGGAGUCCUUCACGCCCGCUCGCUUUCGCUUCCCGACACGUAUGUUCCCGGCUGAGAAACAGGGUGAAUAUGAGCCGUAUAGGAUUCGCGAAAAGAGACAGGAGGUUGUUAAGAAUGGUGCCGGUGGUAAUGGCGCGGCGCCGGUGCCGAAGGUGGAUGUGAAUAUGAAGGACGCGGAUGCUGUGCCGGAGACGAAGACGGAGAAUACAGAAGACACCGAGAAGGAGAAGACUGAGGGACAAGAGGGAGAAGGGACCAAGCAGGAGGUUACAGAGGAGAUUGUGUACGAGGAGGACGUUACCUCUGACGAGGGAGCCGUUUAUCCCAUGGAGAAUGGGCGGAUUGUCGACUGGCCGUGCUUUUUCGCUCUUCUUACGCAUAUCCAUAAUACCCUCAGUCCGCCGUUUCACACGCCGAUUAUGAUUAUUUCGGAGCCGGUUUGGACCGCUCGGGAUCGGGAGGCGAUUACGCAGUUUGUGUUUGAGAAGUUCAAGACACCCGCGUUUUCGCUUAUGGACUCCGCGCUUGCUGUUUGUUACGGAUACGGGACUCAGACGGCUACCGUGGUAGAUGUCGGAAAGGGCAAGGUUAAUGUCACCGCUGUGACAGAUUUUUUGGUCAAUGAGCAUGGAAGGGGUAUUGCGCUUGAGGGGUGUGGUGGUGACUACAUGACGGAUCGAAUUGAAGAGCUCCUGGGUUCGAAGGGAUUUACCAGGGAGAUGUGUGAACAGCUGAAGAGGAGCAAUAUCACCGAGAUCCUACCACCCGGAACCCCGCUACCUGGCGCCGCUGCGACCGCACGGCAAGGUGCCAACCCGGCUGCAUCGGCGUCUACCGGCGCACCAGAGGGAGGCGCGCCGAAUGAGAACGUUCCCCGCGGGCCUGGAGACAGCACCCAAACUGGCGAGGAAGGCGCAGAGGGCGAAGAUGAGGGUGUGCUGGACGUGGCAGCUAUUGUCAGCGGAAACACCAGCGAGUACCUAGCCAACAUCGAGAAAGAAAAGGGCUCUACGAAGAAAGGCAGCGCUGCCGAACAAGCCGCCAAAGCCCUCCGUCUUCCGAACUCGAAGAAAGAAAAGGCUUCCUUCCAGUUCGAGGAAUUAGUACCGAUUCAAUCAGAGGAGAACAGCAACGCAUCCGGCCGGUAUAUCCGUCAGAAGCGUGAUAUCGAAGUUGGUGUGGAGCGCUUCCUUUCUGCUACCCCGAAGCAGCAGGCGGGCGAGCGUUUCUCUAAUGGUAUUCUUGAUGAUAUCGCUACCCAGAUCCACCAUACUAUCCUUUCAGUCCCUGACGCGUCGAAGCGCAGCGAGCUUUGGGAUUCUUUGAUUGUGGUUGGUAACGGCAGUAAAAUCAAAGGAUUCACACAAUCUCUGCUCGGAACCAUCACACAAAAGUUCAUUCUCUCACCCUCCGCCAGCAUGUUCUCGUCUGAGAUUCCCUCGAACUUCGCCUCUCCCCUUCCAACCGGAGGCACCACCACUCCGGCCCAGAUGACACCUGGAUACCCUGUCGCAGGCCAAGGCGUCAACCCUCUCCUCGUCGCAGCCACCCACUCCGGUAACCCUGGCAUGUCCCACAUGGGCACACCCUCUGCCGACCCAUCUCUCCUCUACCGUCCCAGCGGCCACUCCCAAACCCCCACCUCCGUCAAAACCCUCAAGCCUCCCGAGUACUUCUCCGAAUGGAAAGAACAAGCCAACUCCAACGCACCCGGCGCCAGCGGAGGCGGCGGCGGGAGUAACAACGGCAACGCUGCUGGCGGCCCUGGUGCCCCUGGCCAGCCAAGCACCGGCCACGGCAUGGAAGAAGCGGUGUUCCUGGGCGCGCAAGUUGCGUCCAAGGUCAUUUUCAUUCUCGACCAGGGUCUUACUAAGGGAUUUAUGAGCCGCGUUGAUUAUAAUGAGAAUGGACCGUCGGCGAUCCAUGAUUAUAUCCUGUGA